CAUAUUGCUUAAAUAAUUGUAUAAUAGUUUAAUCAACGUGUUAUAUAUAACGGCAUUUAUUGUAAUAUGGAUCCUCCUUCACCAUGGAAAACACCAAAUCAAGUAAUGCAAUUGCACAAGAUAAAAAAACGAAAGAAAGCAUUACAGGAUCGUAUGAAACAGCCAACGACAUCAAUCGCUGAAGAACCUGGUAAUAAGCCGGUCGAUCUAAAUUUUUCCAGACUUAUGAAUGGUGAUAAAAGAAAAAAUCCAUUUUCCAAAAAUAACUUAGACCAAAAUAAGAAAUUUAAAUAUGACGAUACUAGUCAAUUAGAUCCAUCGAAUGAUAAAACUUUAUUUACGUUAUUGAAGCUGCCUUCAAAUGUCGUCGAGAAACCUACUUUAGAAGUUGACAAAGAGAAGCUAUUAACAUUUUCAAACUUAUUACAAAAGUUUACAGCAGAUAAUUCUGUAGAAACACAUGUUGUUGAAAAGAACUAUAAACACCUGACCAUAGAUUGGGCAUUGAAAACCAAGCUAAGAUUAAUGUCAACUAAGCCUUUCCCUUGGACAUCCAAAUUGAAAGCCAGUGAAGAAGCAUCAGGAAUAACUGGAUUUGUCCGAUGCCUUGAUACAACAUCGUCGCCCACACUGGACACCUCACCCAGAGCACGAUUCCAUCAGACGUGCCUGUACUGGCAACACCCACAUUUACCCUGGAUUAACCUGUUUCCACGCUCAAAUGGAAAAGUCGCCGCUACUAACUUCCUGGCCACAAAUGAAGAGGCAAAAAAAGCACUAUUUACUGAGUGGACAGAGAGUUUCAGAUCACUAUUUCAAUUGCUGCGCGCCCUGCACUGUCCGUACUUCUACGUGUGCGCCAACUCGUUCACGUGCGUGUUCCUGGCGGCCGGGCUGGCGGGCGCGCGCGGGCCCUGCGCGCUCGUCGCGCCCACCACCUGCGGCCUGCGCCAGGCGCUGCGACAGGAGGAUGUCGAGUUCACAAUGCCUCUUCGACCAGACAACAAAAGAAAAUUCAACAAUUCAGAUGAGGAUCGCGCUAAAAACAACUCAUUUGAUAGUUGCUACGACACCAUGGACGAUGGGAAGACAGAACAGGAGACAAACUGCUCGGGGGAUGAGGAAGAUCCUGACGAAUUUCUUUCACAAAUGGGUUUAGAAACGGAGGAAAUAAAGAAGAUUAAUAACGCUCAGGCGCGCGCGGCGGCGAGCGCGGAGAGCAGCGUGGACAGCGCGGCGGCGUCGCUGCUGCUGGUGCGCGACGCGGACGCGCACGCGCUGUUCAACUUCCUGCUCAACUGCAAGGCGGCCGUGAGCGCGGCGGGCCCGCUGGCCGGCGUGCCGCCCACGCUGCUCGCGCCCACCGCCUUCCACGGCGGCACGCUGCACUCGCUCAAGGUCAGAGAAAACGUUAUAUUUUCGGAAAACAAGAAAUAUUAUUCUAUAGAAAUGAAAGGACCGAUUCUCCCCACGACGGUACAUUCGUUGUUCAACGUUUUGAAAACGAGUACAUCGGCUCAAUUCAGCGCAACCUUUGCUCAUCAUCAGCCAACGUUGGCUUUUUCAUGGGCCUUAAAAAAAAUGGCGGAAGAGGAGGCAUCAAGUGAAAAAGAUCCCAACCACUUUACCAAAGCUUUUGAUAAGGAAAAUUUGUCAGACUGUGGCAUUAACGAAGAUAUGUUACAGCUAUUUUGUUCCGCGGAUCCGAAUAUAAUGAAAUCUUUAGACAGUGUUAAAUAUAAUUCUGAAGACAAUACUUUUACGUGGUGACAUUUGAAUUUAUUUUGUAAUUAGUACCUGUUUUAAUUAUUUAAUGUGUGAUAAUUAUAAUGUUGAAUCAUGAAGUUGAAUGAAAUAUUUUUGUAUUUCGUUGUUUUUAAGAAUAAAAUAAAACAAGAUUUACGUAA